GCGAAGCACUCCAGUUCUAAACAACCUCGUAAACCUCUGCAGGAGCCGAAGAUCACAAGGUGAGUAUGGACAGAUCAGUCUAUUAACAUUCAUUUACAUACAGGGGAUAUGUGAAAGCGCCCUUAAUUACAAUCUCCCACUUACAUGUCUUCAUUCACAAUGAAGGGUGUAGUAUUGCCCAAUGUGUUCUGUUUUAUUAUGUAAAUCAGUGGUCAACUUGUAUAAUUUGCUGCCAUUCGAAAAUGCUUCCAGUUUAGCAAUCAUCUGAUUUUAUCAUGUUUUAACAAUGCAUUUGUUGGUUAAAGUUAGAUAUUCUUCUGUCUUUCCUUUAUCAGUUCUGGGAGUUUAAAAGCUGCCUCGGACAACGACCAUGCAGAUGUGGAGACCAAAGGUGUAGACGUGGUAAGAACCACAGACUAUAUCCUGAGAUCUGUAUGCAAUGACGAGAUGCUCAUGUCCCCGCCCUAACAAUGGGAGUCGUCCCAAAGGAGGGAAGGGAGGCGACAAGUUUAGGUUCAAAAUAAGUCCAUAGAAACGCAUUGAUCUUAUUUUGGACACAUUUUGGCACGAGUGAAACCUCUCGCUUUGCCUCUUCCUGUCUGCUAUUACAUGAUAUACACAGGCCUAGUUAUUGCAUAUCCCUGUAUUAGCAACAAAACAAAUUAUAAUGUUUAUUCAUGAGGUUUCUGUCUUUCUCUCACAGGAUCCAUCACCACCUUCUGGAAAGAAGUGCGUUUUUCUCUAAUGCUCAAAUUAUUCACACCAAAAGUAAAAGUCUAACUUGAAUGUAAACAGAGGGAAAGAAAUGUUGGUGAUUGUUUUAUUUUUAUUUUCAGUGCCAUUGACUUAAACAACAAUAUCUCUGCCAAGGACACGGAAUCAGAUGAGAGGAAAGUGACCAAGAUGGAGAUACAGGAAGUUGACUUGUUCGCUCCAAUCGAGCAUUCAGAUACGGAGAGGUAGGCUACAAUUGACCCUUCAUUGCAUUAUGAGUUUAUUUAGUGACAAAAACGGUCACUUGGUAUGGGGGUAAAUUGCAUUUCUCUCUAUAACUAGGUCUUACAAAAAAUCCAAGAAAAGUGGGGAUUCACAAAAAGAUGACAAUCACAAGGUACAUGACUAACCUUUUUAUUAUUAUUAUUAUCAAUUAUCAAUGUGAUUGGUGAUGUUGCUUGCCUUGUCUCUCACGUAUGACAAUGUAGCACAAAUCUAGACGUAGCAAAAAGGGACACCACGGGACGGACAAGGAGAAAAACCCUGAGCAGAGAGAAGCUGGUGAAAAAUCAGCUAACAGGUGAACAGCAUUAACUGUCAGGUUCCACGGUAAAAAUGCUUCGUACUUGGCAUAUGGGUGUUGCUAUGCUCUGAGUGAACCAAUCUUUUUGCGUUGGUCAUUUUAAUGGUAAUAUCAAAUAUGUGCCAAAUGGCUAUGCUUUGUGUUAUGGUGGAUUUUAUAGUAGAUUUCCACAAAGCUUUAUUUGGAAACAUUUUCUCUGUCCAUUUGAAAGUCAUGCCUAAACUCUCUCUUAUUUUAUUUUCUCUGUAGGUCCGAUGGCAACUCUAAAAAGAGGAAGCGCAAAGAUUCAUGUGAAAGUGAUGUUCUACCGACAGUUGACAGUAAAAAAGAAACUGGCGUGAAAAAGGAGAAUGCCAAGAAAGAAAGGGAGAAGAAAGAUAUAGGUAGUAAAGACAAAAAGACAACCGAUGAAAAUAAACGUAAAAAGAAUCCAGAAGGAAAAGAGGAAUCUAAGAAGAAGAAGAAAAAAAAUGAUGGAGAUGAGGAUGUGAAGACCAAGAGGGGUGAAAGGAAAGAAGGGGUGAACAGUAAAUGGAAAUGGUAAGUGCGCAAUUAUUUACUCUGUAUUGCAUGUAGUGGGCAAGUAUCAUAUUUGGCUGAAUUUAUAUUUGUUUUUAAAACAGUUUUCCCCUGUUAUAGUGGUUGACAUAAUGAUAUUAAACUAAUUUGUAGCCGGAACCAUUAACAUCGUUUGUUUCUAGGGGGACAGUAUUAAUGGUUGCACACACCUGUACUUUGUUUUGACGGCGUUAUGAAAGUCCUUGGCGCCUGUGAAUCUCAUUCAUUCUAAUCUGGAAUGAACAAAUACAGCAAUGUUUUUGCCAACUUGAUAUAUCAGUCGGUGAAAUGUAAUAGAAGUUGGUCUGUGGUUUACUCAUUACGGUUUUACCGAACUUCUGUAAAGAUUAACGUUAAGCAUGAGCCCAAAGCCAGGUGAGUAAACGAUAGCUAAAGCUGGCAAAUAGCUAACCUUAACUUACUCCAAACCACACAUGAAUAGUAUAGCUAAGUAACGUUGUAUUUGUCAAAACAGUGACAGCCAGGGUAAUGCCAUUUUGGAAGAGUAACCCUAGCUAGCUAACUAGCCACACAUUGUCAAUGUAAAGGGGUACGUUAACUAACGUUACCUUUGCUAGAUCUGGCAUCGAGAUGUGUUGUAUUUUAUCUCUAUUGUAUUGUCUCACUUGUAUUAGAUUUUAAACCUUCAGAAACCUUUUCUGGCUUUCUGUGCUGUAAUGAAAUUGUGAUACGCUUGUUGUCAGGUGGGAGGAAGGUAAUAUCAACAACGGGAACAAAUGGACCACGUUGGAACACAAAGGUCCACUUUUCCCACCAGAAUACGAACCAUUACCCAAUAGCGUGUCUUUCUUUUACAAUGGUGAGUUACUUACAACCAUAUAUUAAUACAUCUUACUCACUCAUCCUCAUAGUUUUCCUGUCUUGUGUUAGGUCUGCUUUGCUGUAAAGCUAACAUUCAACAUUCUGUGUUUUACAGGGAACCCUGUAAAACUGAGUUUGGCUGCUGAGGAAGUAGCCACGUUUUACGCCAAGAUGCUGGACCACGAAUACACAACCAAGAGUUCCUUCCAGGAGAACUUCUUCACCGACUGGAGAGAGGUUAGUCCCACUGAUUAAGUCUAGGCUUGAGUCGAGACUUGCGUUUGCAAUGGAUAACCACAAUUGUUCUUAAGCAGCAUUUCAUGAUGUGUGUGUGUGUGUGUGUGUGUGUGUGAAAGAAUGAAGGUCAAUGUAGCUGUUGACAUUGAGCUCAUCAGUAUUUUACCAAACAGGAAAUGACAGCAGAGGAGAGGGAACAGAUCCAGAAGUUGUCGAAGUGUGAUUUCACACAUAUCAACAAGUACUUCCUGGAGAAGUCUGAGGAGAAGAAGGCUAUGACUAAAGAACAGAAACAGGUAACUUGGCCAAGUAUCAAGAGCUUAGAGCUGCAUCUAUAACAAUAUGUAAAUAUUGAAGUAUCUAGUUCCACUUGCUUUUAAUUUAAUUGAUGGUACUUCGUUCUGCAUAUCCAAGUGAAUCCCCCCCCACCACACUAUUAUUGCAAAUCUGAAAAUCUAUGGACUGCGCUUCUGUUAGGUCCUGAAAGAGGAGACCAACAAGCUGAUGGAGGAGUACGGCUUCUGUGUGCUGGACGGUCACCGGGAGAAGAUUGGGAACUUCCGUGUGGAGCCUCCGGGGCUGUUCCGUGGCCGGGGAGAACACCCCAAGAUGGGCAAACUGAAGAAGAGGAUCCAGCCAGAGGAAAUCACCAUCAACUGCAGCAAGUGAGGGGCCCCGGGAGAGCACUAAGGACAAACAACCUCCCUAUAACUUUAUGGGGCACACAAAGGGGAAUUAGUGGCCUAACUUGUAAAUUUAAACAGCAAAUAUGUACCGAAAGGCAAUAAGCUUGAAAUAAAUAGUGUUUUGGUUGUUUUUCCAGAGGCUCCAAUAUUCCGGUGGCCCCUACCGGCCACAGGUGGAGGAAGGUGCAGCAUGACGACACAGUGACCUGGCUGGCCUCCUGGGUGGAGAACGUCCAGGGCAACUUCAAGUACGUCAUGCUCAACCCCAGCUCCAAACUCAAGGUACGGAGCCUUUCUCUCCAUCUUCCUUUACCUCAGUGGGGAUGUUUUAGUGGAAAAACAAACAAUAUUUGAGGACUUAGAAACCCAAACUUUUGAGAAGAGUCUGAAGACUGAACUCAGUAAAAAGAUGGCAUACAUAUCAAGCCAGUAGCUCAGAAGUCUGUUCAGACUUAGACUGUUUUCCUCUCUGUGCUCAGGGGGAGAAGGACUGGCAGAAGUACGAGGUGGCUCGUAAACUCAAGCUGAAGGUGGAGACCAUCAGGAGGCUGUACCGUGAGGACUGGAAGAACCGAGAGAUGAAGACCAGGCAGAGAGGAGUGGCUCUCUACUUCAUAGACAAGGUACAGACCUCACAACUAUCUUAACUCAGUGUGGUUAACGAAAUGCAAACUCUUUUAGGUAACCUCAAACACGUAUUGUAGAACACUCAUGUGUAUACACUCUGGUUGGGCGAAGUCAAUCUUUGUCCUAUCAUGAUUAUGUGAUAUACGAUGGUAUCAGCUCAGCUAAAACCACCGUUGGGCUAUAGUGCAAAAUUGCAUGCUACAACUGUACGAAUCAAAUCACAUGUUUGCCGCCUCCUCUCUUAAUAAUAUUUAGUCUCUCUCUCAUAAAGCUGAGAAUAGCCUAUUGACUCCGUUCAUUCUUGUUCUUUUUCAAAGCGGCAACUUUAGUACAAAACCUUUUUUAUGUUAUUAGAAUAUUUGUGAAAUAGGCUACUGUUCAUAAUCAUUUAUUUAUCUUAAAGCUUUAAUGAUAGGCCUAGUAGGAGGAAAUGUUAUUGGCCAUUUGGUCAGGUUUUCUUCCGCCCCACACGGAUAAUUUCUUUCUGAAUAAGCUUCAACUUUAUUUAAACUAUAGGCUAUUGAUGUUCACUCUUAUUAGUGCCCUUGCUACCUUACGUUUUAGACUAUUCAGAAUUAGUCCCCUUGCUAAUAGUUUUUAGGCUAUUCAAACAACGUUUUGAGAUUAAACUCCAGAUUAAUUCAUUGUUUGAUGAGGAGAAAGCCAUGCAUGCAUAAAAUGAUGAAAGCAUAUAGCCCAAAGUAAUAUUCAAAAACCUAUUGAAGGGAAUAUAGCCUGCGUUUUUUUUAAACGGCUAGACACAAGAUAGUUAGGAACUGUCCGUUUUAUAAAAGCAAUUAAUAGGUUUAGGCUGUAAGGCCCAUGCAUCCGAGGGAGAAUAUUUUCUGAAUGGACAUUUUGCGCUGCUUUGGUGGAAUUCUCUGUUUUGUCUAGACUACAUUCCACACUUGCGUUCUGUAUAACAUACAGUGCAUUGGGAAAGUAUUCAGACCCCUUGACUUUUUCCACAUUCCACAUUAUUCUAAAAUUGAUUUUUUUUGUUUAUUCCCCCUCAUCAAUCUACACACAAUACCCCCAUAAUGACAAAGUCAAAACAGGUUUUUAGAAAUGUUUGCAACAAAAAAAUGAAUACCUUGUUUACAUAAGUAUUCAAAUCCUUUGCUAUGAGACUCGAAAUUGAGCUCAGGUGCAUCCUGUUUCCAUUGAUGGUCCUUGAGAUGUUUCUUGAAUGAAGUCCACCUGUGGUUAAUUCAAUCGAUUGGAAAUGAUUUGGAAAGGCACACACCUGUCUAUAUGAGGUCCCACAGUUGACAGUGCAUGUCAGAACAAAAACCAAGCCAUGAGGUCGAAAGAAUUGUUCGUAGAGCUCCGAGACAGGAUUGUGUCGAGGCACAGAUCUGGGGAAGGCUGCAAAAAAUGUCUGCAGCAUUGAAGGUCCCCAGGAACACAGUGGCCUCCAUUCUUAAAUCGAAGAAGUUUGGAACCACCAAGACUCUUCCUAGAGCUGGCCGCCCGGCUUAACUGAGCAAUCGGGGGAGAAGGGCCUUGGUCAGGGAGGUGACCAAGAACCCGAUGGUCGUCUAGAGUGGCCAGACGAAAGCCACUCCUCAGUAAAAGGCUCAUGACAGCCCGCUUGGAGUUUGCCAAAAGGCACCUAAAGGACUCUCAGACCAUGAGAAACAAGAUUCUCUGGUCUGAUGAAAGCAAGAUUGAACUCUUUGGCCUGAAUGCCAGGCGUCACAUCUGGAGGAUACCUGGCACCAUCCCUACGGUGAAGCAUGGUGGUGGCAGCAUUAUACUGUGGGGAUGUUUUUCAGUGGCAGGGACUGGGAGACUAGUCAGGAUCGAGGGAAAGAUGAACGGAACAAAGUACAGAGAGAUCCUUGAUGAAAACCUGUUCCAGAGUGGGCCAGCCAGAGCCCGGACUUGAACCCGAUCAAACAUCUCUGGAGAGACCUGAAAAUAGCUGUGCAGCGACGCUCCCCAUCCAACCUGACAGAGCUUGAGAGGAUCUGCAGAGAAGAAUGGGAGAAACUCCCCAAAUACAGGUGAAGCUUGUAGUGUCAUACUCAAGAAGACUCGAGACUGUAAUCGCUGCCAAAAGUGCUUCAACAAAGUAUUGAGUAAAUGGUCUGAAUACUUAUGUAAAUGUGAUAUUUCCGUUUUUUUAAUUUUAAUACUAAUAAUUUCUGUGCAUGUAGCUGGCCCUGCGAGCGGGGAAUGAGAAGGAGGAGAGUGAGACAGCGGACACGGUGGGCUGCUGCUCUCUGAGAGUUGAACACAUCACCCUGCACCAGGAGAAGGGGGGCCAGGAGUUCAUGGUGGAGUUUGACUUCCUGGGCAAAGACUCCAUCCGCUACUACAACGAGGUGCCUGUGGAGGGCAGGGUGAGCGGCACGGUCUAUCACCUGUUACGUCUCCAUUCCUCCAUAUUAUGGGCUGUCGAGCAGGGGUUAAACAUCCAUCUAAUGUGCACAGACAUAUUAUUUGUACACAGGUUUUCAAGAACCUGAAGUUAUUCAUGGAAAACAAGGAGCCUGAGGAUGACCUGUUUGAUAGAAUAAACGUAAGUUGAAGACCCGGUGCCCCUGGUUAUUUCAUGUUUGUCAUGCUUUGCAAAUGCUCUGAAAUGAGUAUAACCCAAGAAUGACUAGCUAGCUAUGUGGUUCACACAGUAGGCGUAUCUGUCUCUUGUUUGUUCUUAGACCACCUACUUGAACAAGCACUUGAACCAGUCCAUGCCGGGGCUGACAGCCAAAGUGUUCAGAACCUUCAAUGCCUCCACCACUCUGCAAGAGCAACUCAACAAGCUCACCACUGGUUGGUCCGCUUCCUUUAGCACCAUCAAUACACUCAGUGCAGGUUUUUGUAGAUCUAGUUUACAAUAGCUGACAAGAUUUCUCCGCUCUGCUCUGGCUGCCCUCUGUGACAUACGUGGCCCUAGUUGUUUUUCUCCACUUGGUCUCGGGCCUAACAACACCUGUGCCAAUAUUUCCUCCAAACCACCGGCUUCUCUGGCAUUAUCACUUGUGUUCUCAGUGUUAUAACUGCAUGAAGCUGUGAAACAUGCAGAUUUAUAGUGACGACAGUACAAUAUUGAAAGACGCCUGUUUUCCUCCACAGCUGACAUGAGUCUGGAGGAGAAACUGCUGUCCUAUAACCGAGCCAACAGAGCUGUGGCCAUUCUCUGUAACCACCAGAGGGCAGCACCCAAGACCUUUGAGAAAUCAAUGCAAAACUUGCAGGACAAGGUAACUGGAAUAGAUAGAUAGAUGUCUGUCUGUCCCUCCUGUGUGUGUGUGUGUGUGUGUGUGUGUGUGUGUGUGUGUGUGUGUGUGUGUGUGUGUGUGUGUGUGUGUGUGUGUGUGUAUUUCCUGGACAGUUUAUUCAGUAACUAGUGCUACUUAUAGUGCCAUUUUAAAACCCUCUAUGCUCCUUUGCAAUAUUGUCUAAUGUUCAGAUCCAUUAUCUUGAUAGUUGAACUUAGCCUUUUUAGUUUUAUUACCAAAUAAGCAUGUACUGCUCGUUCUCUCUUUCUCUCUGAGAACCUGAGCCCUAGGACCAUACGUCAGGACUACCGGGCAUGCUGACACCUUGCUGUCCCCAGUCCGCCUGGCCUUGCUGCUAUUCCAGUUUCAACUGUUCUGCCUGCGGCUACGAAACCCCUACCUGUCCCAGACCUGCUGUUUUCAACUCUUAAUGAUCGGCUAUGAAAAGCCAACUGAGAGACCUGAGCCCUAGGACCAUACGUCGGGACUACCGGCCGUGGUGACUCCUUGCUGUCCCCAGUCCGCCUGGCCUUGCUGCUAUUCCAGUUUCAACUGUUCUGCCUGCGGUUAUGGAACCCCUACCUGUCCCAGACCUGCUGUUUUCAACUCUUAAUGAUCGGCUAUGAAAAGCCAACUGAGAUUUAUUCCUGAUUAUUAUUUGACCAUGCUUGUCACUUAUGAACAUUUUUGAACAUCUUGGCAUGGUUCUGUUAUAACCUCCACCCGGCACAGCCAGAAGAGGACUGGCCACCCCUCAUAGCCUGGUUCCUCUCUAGGUUUCUUCCUAGGUUUUGGCCUUUCUAGGGAGUUUUUCCUAGCCACCGUGCUUCUACACCUGCAUUACUAGCUGUUUGGGGUUUUAGGCUGGGUUUCUGUACAGCACUUCGAGAUAUUAGCUGAUGUACGAAGGGCUAUAUAAAAUAAAAUUGAUUGAUUGAUACUGCAAUUCCCUUUUAACAGUGAAACGUUGUCUAACAUACUCCCUUUUAUUGUUCCAGAUUGCCCAGAAACAGCAACAGUUAGAUGUGGCCAAGAAGGAGCUGAAAGGAGCCAAAAAAGAACACAAGAAGGGAGGAACUGAGAGGACCAGGAGGUGAGUACUUUUUGAUAGGGUGAAACUAACCAGUGAAAUGAGUGAAUCUUGCAGUUGGUCUUUUGACUCAACUGUUACUGACAUGGUAGGAUAACAGCCAGUGGAUUUGACCUUUCAUAACCUAUAAACUGCUUCUACUAUGGCAGCUGGAAGGGCUGUUUCAAACUGCUACUGCAGUGCUUGUUCGGCUAUUGUUUUAACAUCGGACCAUUCUAUUGGUCAAAUUUAAGCCAGGCAAGCUCAAUCAAGCACAGAUACAUUUGAUAUAGUAUUUGACCCAAGGUCUGGUCUCCUGCUCUCCCCAGGCUUGUUGAGAAGAAGGAGUCUGUGGUGAAGAGGCUGGAGGAACAGCUGAAGAAACUCCAGCUGCAGAUGACUGACCGAGAGGAGAACAAGGUCAUCGCUCUGGGCACGUCCAAACUCAACUACCUGGACCCCAGGAUAUCAGUGGCCUGGUAACCACCAUUUAGCCUAACAUUUAUCCUUGACCUCUGUCAGUUCCACAACACAUAUUGUUGCCCUCUAAAAAUAUACUUUUUUCACUUUGUAUUUCUGCAGCAUGUGAUUAUUAUGAUUUUUUUUUUCUUCAUGGCAGGUGUAGGAAAUUCAAUGUGCCAAUUGAGAAGAUCUACAACAAAACCCAAAGAGACAAGUUUGCUUGGGCCAUUGAUAUGACUGAAGAAGAUUUUCAGUUUUGAACUGUGGCGCCCCGUCAGA